UCAAUACUUUCUGUAAUCUUAAAGAAACAAUGGCCUCUCCAAGCACCACCACCACCACUGUCCCGGCGCCGCCGUCAUCGGACAACCAGACAACAGUCAUAGUCAUUGUCUUUGUCUCAUUUGGUGGGAUUUUGUUGCUGGCAUUCCUUGCAGUUGGUCUAUGCUGCUUAAUCAAGAAGAAGAAAAAGAAGACAAUUGAAGAAACAGAAGUUGUACAUGUUGAUGAGCAUUUGAAGGUGAAGGAAGGUAUUGUGGAAGGUCCACAUGGUGGAAAAGCUGUGGUGCUCGAGAUUAAUGAUGAUGUUCAUGUUGAUGAAGUGAUAAGGAAGAAUGAAAAACUUGGUCAUGCUAGGUCAGUAGAGGCCAACAAUAAUAAUAAUAAUAAUCCAGUUGCCAUUGAAGCAGCUGGAACAUCUUCCUCUGGUUCUGACCUUCAUCACCUUUAAAAACUCCUAAGAUUGUGCUUAAUUGCCAAAAAAAUGUAUGAUUGCAUGAAAUUGAUUUAAGAUUAAAUGAAAUUAUUGAUA